AUGAACUGCAAUGAGAAAGAACUGAAGGCCAAACUGUACAACAACAGGGCUAUUGCACAUUUUAAGCUUGGUAAGAUGAUGAGAGCUUUAAUAUGCAUUUUUCUGUCCUCAGCAAGGGCUUUCAGUAGUUUUUCUGAAAAAGGUGAUAAUUUUGAAUAUAUGUCUAAAAAUAAAAAAUCCGAAAAAAAAAUAUAUGCCUUAUCUUGGCCUCUCAAACAUACAAUUCACAAGUUUUUCCUUAAGUUAUUGUAUAGGUGGUGGGUUUGCCACAUGAACAGAUAAUCAGAGAUAUUUAUUUUCAAACAGGAAAUCACCAGGAUUCACUGAGGGAUGCAGAAGCCGCCAAUGAGUUAAAUCCAACUUUCCUCAAGGCAAUUGUGAGAGGUUAGAAAUGUUAGCUGUGCGAUAAUAAUAAUAAUUAAACAAAGAACUUAACACUCUAAGGUUAUAUGAAGUUAUAUCUUGUCUCAAUUGACUUUCAUUAAGAGGUCAAGACCACCCUGAUGUACAUUUGAAUCCAGUUCUUGACUGCUGUGCCAUGACUUUCCAUUAUGAUGAGAAUACUAUUUUGAGUUGGACGAAGAUCUCAAUGCUGUCAAUGCACAGCAAAAUUUCAGCAGGAGUAUUUUAGUUUCCUUUUGCUCAGUGAGUGAGGUAGUGGUGUCAGAUAUGUUUAGUCACUGUCUAGCUGUUUUGAAAAGAAGUAAGGACUUAACUUAACUUAACUUAACUUAACUGUCAGGAAACAUUCCUCAUUCAUCAAGUAUAACUCAACUUCAAGUGCUAUUAAAUACAUGUAAUAAUAAUGUAAUUAAAGAGACUGCAUGAGUAAAUCUUAUUCUUGGUGAACUUCAAACUUUAGUUUGAGUCACUUCCCAGAAAUCAAUUAUCAACUGAUUGAUUCAAUCAAGUAUGUUGACUCAAACAAAAAGGAAUCUAGGAUUAUUAUCAAAUAUAAAUAUAUAUAUUUUUUUUUAAUUUGUAUUUAACCUAUUUUUAAAAAGAUUAACUAAAAAAUGUACUAUACUAUAGAAAUCUUAAAAAAUGGGUUUCAUUGUUCCAUUCUCCCAUUGCAUGUAUUAUAUUCUAUCUAUAUCUCUUAGUGAUUUUGUGGGAAUUGUCAGUCCCAAUUCAAAUGUUCUUAGAUAAGUUUCAAUUAUCAGAAGCAAAUAUGUUUUUUUUUUCAUGGUCUGAAAUGAUUUAGCUUUCAAUCAGGUUUCUGGCUAUUGAGCUACAUUAAUUAUAUGCUUCUUUGUGUUGUUGCCUACAGGAGCCACUGCUUGUGUUGACCUGAAGAGAUUCAAAGAAGCAAUUACUUGGUGUGAUAAGGGAUUAGCUGUAUCCUUUUAAGGAAUCUUAAAUUCUUAACCUUGGGUGUAAUGGAAAUGUUCCAUAAUUUGACAUUUUAAGGGAGAAAACUGAUUUGAAGAAGGGUAUUAGUUAUGAUGGGAACUUGUCAGCUCAUACUUUCAGUGUGUGUGAUUAAAAAAUGUGGAAAAAGUAAAUAGGUCAUAACUUAAUAGUGAUACGCUCAAUUGAGCCAUGACCAAGCCAUACUAUCCAUGCCACAGCUGGUACAUUAGUUUAGUUAAAAGACUUAAAUUCACCCAGUUUAUACAUGGUAUUUGGGUAGAUGAUCUCUCCGAAAUGAGCCAGAAAAAGAAGCUUGGUAAUGUUUAUAUAUAUUAUGCUAAUUUUCUCCCCUUUAAAUUUUUUCUAUAACUAAGAGACUAGUAAACUUUCGUCACAUUUUCCUAUGGACAAAUAGAACUUUCAAAGGCACAUAUUAGUCUUCUAGACUCAUUUCUUCUUCUGCUGUAAAUCAUUAAUGAUGUUAAAGCUCUAUAUUAAUUUAAAAAUUGAGUAAGUGCUUCCUGGUUUUUCGAAAGGAGAAAUUAUACCUAGAUAUUUUGCAUUAAAAUUUGAGGUAGUGCAUGAAAGAAAACUCUUUGUGAUGUGUAGAUUUACUACUAGAGACUGAAUUUUGAUUAAAUAUCUACUUUAAACGCAAGCCUUCCCACAUGUAAUAGGCAAUUUUACAGUUGUGUACUUAGUUGCCAAGCCUUUGAUUUGGAGUGAGACUGAAGGUGACCUUGUUGUGAUAGAGACCAGUAUCUAGUGAGUACCGGUAUUAUAAAUAAUAAAGUAAUUUGCAUUUAAAAGCGGCAACGUUUGUGUCAUAACCAGGUCACCUCUAGCCACACUCCUGUUCAAAGGCUUGGGAACCAAGCAAGCAGCUGUAAAACUGGCCUAUUUAUUAUACCAAUGUGAUCAGAAAAAUAAUCAUUUUUUGUUUUUUCCACAUUUUUAAACCUUAACAUAGAAGAAGAUUGACAAAAAUUAUAGGAUCUUGUUGUCAUUAAGAAUGCAGUCUAUCAAAGAAGUGAGAGAUAAGUUCAUGGAGGAAAAAGAUCAUAUUAGCCAUGACCAUGGUAAUACAAGUUCAAGUGAUGUCAAGAAAGUCAUAGACUUCUAUAAACAGGGAGACAAGCAUGAGGAGAGUAACAAUUAUGGCAAUCUUGGUAAUGCUUAUUACAAACUGGGUGAUUUAAAAAAAUCCAUAGAGUACCACAACCUUGAUCUUAAAUUAGCUAAAGAGGUAGGAGACAAGCAUAGGGAGGGUGGUGCUUAUGGCAGUCUUGGCAAUGCUUAUUGCAGUCUGGCUGAUUUCAAAAAAGCCACAGAGUACUACAACCUACAUCUUCAAAUAGCUAAAGAAGAAGGAGACGAGCGUGGGGAAAGUCAUGCUUAUUGCAAUCUUGGCAAUGCUUAUGGGAGUCUGGGUGAUUUUAAAAAAGCCAUAGAGUACCAGAACCUAUAUCUUCAAAUAGCUAAAAAAGUAGGAGACAAGCAUGGGGAGGGCGACGCAUACAACAAUCUUGGGGUUGCGUAUCGGUGUCUGGGUGAUUUUAAAAAAGCAAUGUAUUACCUCAACCUAGCUCUUAAAAUAGUGAAAAAAAUAGGAGACAAGUAUAGGGAGGGUAAACUUUAUGGUAACCUGGGCAUUACUCAUCGGAGUCUGGGUGAUUGCAAAAAAGCCAUAGAGUACAUUAACCUAUAUCUUAAAGUAGCUAAAGAAGUAGGAGACAAGCAUGGGGAGGGUGAUGCUUAUGGCAGUCUUGGCAAUGCUUAUGAGUGUCUGGGUGAUUACAAAAAAGCCAUAGAGUACCACAACCUACAUCUUCAAAUAGCUAAAGAAGUAGGUGACAAGCAUGGGGAGGGUGGUGCUAAUAGCAAUCUUGGUAGUGAUUAUUGUUGUCUGGGUGAUUUUAAGAAAGCUAUAGAGUACCACAUCCUACAUCUUAAAACAGUUAAAGAAAUAGGAGACGAGUAUGGGGAGGGUUCAGGUUAUUGUAAUCUUGGCAAUGCUUAUUGCCAUUUGGGUGAUUUCAAAAAAGCCAAAGAGUACUACAACCUAAAUCUUAAAGUAGUUAAAGAAGUAGGAGACAAGUAUGGGGAGGGUAUAGGUUAUGGUAAUCUUGGCAAUGCUUAUAACCGUCUGGGUGAUUUCAAAAAAGCCAUAGAGUACCACAACCUAAAUCUUAAAAUAGCCAAGGAAGUAGGAGACAAGCGUGGGGAGGGUGUUGCUAAUGGCAAUCUUGGAAAUGCUUAUCUAACUCUGGGAGAUUUGAUAAAGGCCAACAAUUUAUACAACGUAGCGCUCAAAAUUGCCAAAGAGGUGGAAGACAAAUCCUUAGAGGCUAUGGCCUACUAUUCAUUAGGAUGUGUUUUUGAGUUGCAGGGUGGACUGCCAAAAGCCGUUGAACAUUACCAAACUAGUAUAGACUUAAGCAAUUCCUUGAGAAUACUUCUAAAAUCUAAAGAUGAGUGGAAAGUUAAUUUUCGAGAUCAGUAUCAAGACGUGUAUACACGUUUGAGUAGAGUUCUCGUAGAACAAGGUAAUAUCGUUGAAGCCUUAUUUGCUGCUGAGAAAGGACGAGCUCAAGCUCUGACCGACCUCAUGGAAUCCAGUUUUUGUGGUGGAACAAGUCAGCACAACAGAGGCGAUGAAAUUUUAGCAGUUUUAAAGAACGUUUCAUCAGACACCGUCUUUCAGGCAGUGGACAAAGCUGACAUUAAUCUUUGGGUUGUGUCUGAAGGAAAACAAGUUCAGUUAAGACAAAGUAAACUCAAUGGUUCUGUUUCAGAGAAUGGUGGAGCCAGCCAGUACUCUGAGUCGUUCAUGCUCGGUGUUUAUACACAACUUGGUGUUCGUUCUAAUAAGAGAUGCGAGAACCGAUCUUUAGAUGCUUUGAGGGAGAGCCGUUCAAAAGUGGAUGAGAAAACUAAAGAAGACAACCUUCAACCUCCCAUCCAACAAAACGAAUGUCUGAGCUUGUUGUAUGAUACCGUUAUGAAGCCGGUGGCUGACCUGGUUCAAGGGAAUGAGCUACUCAUUAUUCCCGAUGGACCCCUGUGGCUCGCUCCUUACGCUGCAUUCAAGGAUGGAAAUUCUAAAUACCUGUGCGAAUCGUUCAGAAUUCGACUCGCUCCAUCGUUAAUAAGUCUUAGACUAAUUGCCGAUUGCCCAGAUGAUUAUCACAAAAGCAGUGGUGCAUUACUUGUAGGAAACCCGUGGGUGGUCGAGGUUACUGACAGCAAAGGGGAGAUACUCCUCGAGCAGCUUCCGUCUGCUGAAGAAGAAGUAAAGUUGAUCGGAAAAAUUCUGAAUAUCACGCCAAUCACUGGCAGACAGGCCACGAAACGCGAGGUGUUGAAAAGACUCUGUUCCGUUUCCUUAGUUCACUUUGCGGCACACGGAUGUAUGGAAACAGGCGAAAUUGCUCUUACACCUGACCCAGAACGAAGAUCUAAUGUGCCAACGGAGGAAGAUUACAUUUUAACAAUUGAAGAUGUGUUGAAUGUUCAACUUCGCGCCAAACUUGUUGUACUCAGUUGCUGCCACAGUGGUCGGGGCGAGAUCAAGGCUGAAGGUGUGGUUGGCAUUGCGCGCGCUUUUAUGGGGGCUGGUGCCCGGUCUGUUGUGGUGUCCCUGUGGGCGAUUGAUGACGAGGCUACUCUCGAGUUCAUGAAAUGCUUUUAUCAACACCUUGCUGAAGGAAAAUCUGCAAGCGAGUCACUGAACCUGGCUAUGAGAAGCCUCAGAGAAUCAGCCAAGUUCCGCGACAUCAAAUUCUGGGCGCCCUUUUUACUGAUUGGAGAUGACGUCAGUCUUGACUUCAUGGCAAAAGAAAGAUAG